UCAGUCUCUGAUAUUUAGGGUUUCCUUUUUACCAAGUAGAGGAUUUUGCUUCUUCUUUUUUCUUCUUGUGAAAAAUGGAUCAAAAUUUGGCCGCUCUUCGUGAAGAACUCUCUAUGUUUUUGUCUAUGAAAUAUGAUGAGGGUGUUCUUGAUAGGAGUACUUUUGAACAGUUCCUAAGUCUUCAGGACAUGAAGGACCAUAAAAAGGAGGGAUUCAGCAUGGCGGCUGAUCUUUUAACUAUCGUCUACAAAGAAGAAGAAAAAAUGAUAGAAGAAAUGUACCGACAUGCAAAACCAGCUUUCAACUUAGUGAAGAUUGAAGGGUUGGUUCACAAACUAACCGGAAGUAGCAAAAGUGUCGGUUCCAUCAAGAUCAGCGAGGGAUGCAAGGCUUUCAAAGAGGCCAGGGAGAAAUUUGAUGUUAUUGGGUGUGGCAACGCCGUGGAUCAAAUUGCACAUGAAUAUCAACGAGUGAAACCAGUCUUUCUCCACAUUAUAAAGCUUGAGCGGAAGAUACACAACUUGGUCACUGCCCUACCACCAACAACUGCCCGUCCUCGAGCCUCACCACCACCGAUUAGCCUCCCCAAAGCCUCGACCAGUGGCAUCCCCAGAGAUCCACUCCCACCCACUGGCCUCCCUACAGUCCCACUCUCAACAACGACUACUGGCCGUCGUAGAGCCCCACUCCCACCACGGACCACAGGUCGCCGAAGAGUUUGAUGAUCAACUUUGCGUCCUCAUUUACCUGCACUUUUUUUUGGUAGCAUUAUGAACUCGUAGUGAACUUAUAAAUGAUUAGCAUUGAUUUUUGUUAUGUCAUUUCAGCGAUGUAGUUCCCAGUAAAAAAACAUGGUAUUUAUGCAUUUAAAAUGUUUUCUCCUUCAA